AUGGACCUCGACACCCUUCUGCCUCAUUCUUGCACCUCGACACUUGUCUUGCACCUUCUUCGUCCAAGUCAGGCGUUGUCAACGACCAAGGCAACUACCACCACCACCACCUUCUUUAACCUUAGAAACAAAACCACAAUUCCAUCAAUUGUUGCUUUUUCAUCGCCCCCUCCCCCGACCACCUCAUUUCACUUGCUUGCUGCUCCAUUGCUAGACCACCACACCUUCCCUCAUCUUUUACAUCUCCAGGUCGACGCUACAACAAUCCACCUCCAUUGUUGUAUCUUCAGGAUACUGUUGCAGGAUGUAUUGUUUUAUAGGAUGCAUUAUGCAAAAGGAAAGCCAAUCUUGCUAUGUUCUUGCAAAGGUUUUUUUUGGGAAAAGUCAUAGAAACGGAAUAUUAAUGUCGAAUGGCUUGUAACAAGGACAUAAUUAGAAGAGCAAGUAUAUAUGGGGAAGGUCAUGAUUACAAAUAAAAAUAUACACAGGCUACAUGAACUACUACAAGAAGGGCAAACAAAAUUUGAAAAAGUUACAAGAGGAUAAAGCAAUAGAAAAAGGAAAGAUGGAUGCUUAAGAAGAAAAGUUGAUAGGAACAUGAUUUUAUGACAAUGCCCAUAGUGGACUACUUUUUAUUUUUUCGGC